UCUACACACAAUUUCAAUCCUCAUAAUAUAAUUUAACAUAGGAUUCUAAAUUGUACUAAACGGUCCGAAAAAGAAUUUUGUCGUAAUUGUGUAGAUACCCUAAAAUCUAUACUAAUAUAUUGAAAGGCAUGCGUAAACCAGAAACGGUGCUACAUGGCGCUCUCCCUAGGGAGUUAUAGUUCAUGUAAUCCAUGUACAAUAAAAAAAAAUAGAAAUUUCUUAAUACAACUUUUGAUCCCGUGACCUCAAGUUCAUGUACUAAAGUUUGAAACACUAGACCAAGUUGUAUUUAGUACUAUCAUAUCAAAGUACAAUAUUAAUAAAUGAAAUUCUUCUUACCCGGGGCAUAGCCCGGCCUAAUAACUAGUAUGUCCACAAUUAAAUCUAUCGAUCACCCCCUUAGCCCUUAGGAGCUCCCUCCUCUUAUUCUUACUCUCUCCCUCAAAAUGAUUUUCAAUAAAAGUAAAUAAAAAAAUAAAGAAGGGGAAACUCCCUAACGAACACUAAAGUAGUUAACCUGAGUGAGGAACAAAAAGUAACGCAAAACUCCAACAAACUUCUUUCUUCCCGCUUAAACUCAACAACUCAAACCUCUCAAAUUCAUCCACCCAUUUUUUCUGUCACAUCAAAAAACAUAAAAAAGAAAACCCAGCAAAAUAACAAAGAAAAAAUGUCACUUCCAAUCUUAAAGACAUGUAAAAUGAGAAAUAGAGCUCCAAAACUCUUCGGAUUAAACGCAUUUUGUGAUCCAGGGUGCCCAAUUAAUCCAACUGGAGCUUUUCGAGAUAAUAUGAGGGUUUUUCUUCAAGAAUGUGCUGAAAUUGAAGAUUACAAUAUCGAUACUAUGUCAGUUUGGUGUACUCUUCUUGUUCAAGAAAACAAAGGCGUUGUUCUUCCUCUUUACACCAUUGAAGAACAUGUCAAAUUCUCAAAACAACCCUUCUGUGAUCACUGUCGUUGCUCUGGAUGGAGUCAUCAUUAUAUGUCGAAAAGGAAGUACCAUAUGAUAAUUCCCCAUGAUAGAGAGUGGAAUAAGCCACUUGGCAGUGAUGUCCUUGAGCUUCAAACGCACCACUUGCAUGGACUUAUACAUUGUAAUGGCUUUGGCCAUCUUCUUUGCAUCAAUGGCAUUGAAGGAGGUUCCAAAUAUCUUUGUGGAAAAGAGAUCAUGGAUCUAUGGGAUCGUAUCUGCACAAACCUUCAUGCAAGAAAGAUAACAGUUGAGGAUACAUCAAGAAAGAGAUCAAUGGAUCUUCGUUUACUUCAUGGCAUUGCGUAUGGACAGCCUUGGUUUGGCAGAUGGGGAUACAAAUUCUCCCAUGGCAGUUUUGGAGUUCAACCACACCAUUAUCAAAAAGCUGUGGAGGUUCUUAGCUCUCUUGUUCUAGAUGAAUUGGUUUCCGGUCUCCCAAAAACCAAUAAGUCGGCAGAUGUAAAGCAGAUCAUAUCCUCCUACAGAAAUUUGAGUGAGACCCAACUCAUCACGUUGAGAGAUCUCCUACGGUUCAUGCUGACCCUGAAAUCCCAGACUCCUGCUAAGACAAAAAUAGCCUUGGCUCAAGCCGUGUUGCCUGCCUUCUCAGCUCCCACUACAAUAUUGUCACCCAAAUUAUCGCUGCAAAUCAGGCAGCCUCCUACAAGGGGAAAGCCAAUCAAGUGCAGAAGGUUUGCAGCUCUGGUGGCUACCAUGGACAGCAGAUGGCCAAAAAGGAGACUAGAAUUUACAGCUGAAGUUAUUGUAAACGCCCUUAAGGAAAAUAAGGAAAGCAAGUCCAACAAAAGUGGAAUGACAAGACAGGAAGUUCGAGAUGCAGCUAGAGCUCAUAUUGGAGAUACAGGGCUGCUUGAUUACGUCCUUAAAUCGAUGAACAAUGUGAUUGUAGGUGAUUACAUAGUUCGAAGGCGAAUUGACCCAGUCAACAGGGUUUUGGAGUACACAAUCCAUAGGGUAGGUGAAGCUUCACCUUCUCCUAAGAAACCUGCCAGAGAAAAAGCAUCUGUUGCACCUGUUUUAGCACUCGCUACAACUACCUCUGGACCUGACACUUAUAGAGAUGUAUCUAUUUUAUACAACCAGACAAUAUUAGGUCGGCCUGAAUCAGAUAUUCUGGGCUUGUCAGUUAGAGUAAUAUUGGACAGCAAACACUUAGUAAAGGAGUGGCCUUUCAAGGAUGAUGAAAACGACCAAUUACUAAGAUUCAUAUGCCAUGUCCUACCAACCUCAAGUGAGUUAGACAUGGAAUUAUCUAGAAAUCUUUCUCCUGGUGACAUGAUUGUUCUUCCAUUACAUGCCUCGUUUGGUGACUUGAGGGUAGCAGCUCAACAUGCAUUGAGGGACACUUACUGCAUCAUGGACCGUUAUGUGGUGACCGACAUAGAUAGUAUGGAAAACUUUGUUGAUGCUGAAGUUGUGUUUGGUGCAGUUGAGUCCGGUUCUGAACUUUGGAUCAGAGGAAGCGGGAUUGACAUAAAGACCGACUUAAGGUAUGAGGGUGGGCCUGAUAAUUGGACAGUCAGAUGCUCAUGCGGGGCUACGGAUGACGAUGGAGAGAGAAUGGUGUCAUGUGACAUCUGUGAGGCGUGGCAGCACACAAGAUGCACUGGCAUUGAAGAUACAGAAGCAGUUCCCCCUCUUUUCGUGUGCCAAAGAUGUUGUGCUUCCCUUAUGCCUCCAAGAGUGGAGACCAUCUCUUACUUCGAUAAUGAAAGCUCCCAAAAUAUGCUAUUGCCACAACCAUUGGAGGAAUCGUGGAUGGCGCUCACAUACUGAAUUUUUUCCUUACUUCAGUUGCAUUUCUGUACAUCUCCUAUAUACUUCUUGUGCAUAGCUGAUAAAUAUAGCACUCACAACCAUUGUAUAUCCUCUUGUUUCCUGUAUUCACAUCUUAUUCUUGUCUACUUGGUCCACUGUAUGUUCUGUAACAUCAUGCAGCUUACUAUUCUGAAAAGAAUUCAACUUUGCAAUUCUAACAAGGAUUUGGUUGGCCAGUUUUCAGUUGUUAACUUUCUGUCCACAGU